UAAACUUUUGUAAAAUUUUCUUCAUCAGUGUCCAUGUUUCCUAUCCAUGUCAUAGUAGGUAAUACAUAUCCAUUAAAACAUAUUCUUCUUUAGGCACAUGGGUAUCUUUUUUUUAGGCACAUGGGUAUCUUACAAAAUUAAGCUUUUCCAAUAGCACUCAAGCAUGUUCUUAUCCACCUCUUAAUUCAUAAAUUUGAUCCUGGCCCACUUACAUAGAGUUUUAAAAUAUGUUGCCCAGAAUGUUGAAUGGCUAAAAUUGUAUUUUUGCAGGCAAUAACUAAAAAUACACACUUGUGAAAUACAUCUGUAGGCACGUUGCUCACAUCAUCCAGAGCAGGUUCUGCUUUUAGGUCGGAUUAACAGUGUACAUGUCGUAUUACUGUGGUGCUCUGUUGCCUUAGUCAUUGCAUGGUGUGAGCAAAUGAAAGGCCUAUGGGUUUAUUGGGUGAGAGAUGUUCGCUUUUCUGGAAACUUUACAAGAAAUCUAAGCACUUAAAUACAUUCUCAGCAGGUGCAAAACAAUUGAUGCAGUGACUUGGAUUUAAACAAUAUUCCACUUGUCAUAGUUUUCAUUGUGUACAAAGCCUAGACAUGAUGGUGUUUGAAAUUCCGAUUUGCUUUUCUGGAAUCUGAUUGGUAAUAUGUAUGUGGUCAAUGUCAGAAAAUACGUUUUUGUUUCCAAACCUGCCUUGCUCAUGUGGUUCAUUGGCCUCGACAUUUUUCUUUGUUCUGUUUGCAAUGAUCAUUGUGAACAAUGUGUAUUGUACAUGUGUAAUGUGAGACUAAUGGAUAAAAUACAUACUUUUGACUGUAAAGAAAGUGAGUGGACCUGGGCAGGACAUGUCGCUAUAAGGGAUGGUAGCCGGUGGGUUAGAAUAAGAACUGAGUGACAACCAAGGAGGGCACACAUCCAAGAGGACACCAUCUGUGGAGGUUCUCCAAUCAGAUCAGCUCCUGAGCAGGUGCCGGGUGGAUGAUUUCGUUGCAGGAUCAUCAGGCAUAGUGACGGCUUGGGAAUGCCUUCAUCCAGCAGUGGAUUUAUAAUAGCUGAUGAUGAUAUGGUAGUUUCAUAAGUGGACUUUUAGGUUGAUAUAGUGUACGAAAGUGCAGUAUUCAAAGAAAAUGAUUUUCGUCUAAAUUCUAUUUUUAGGUGGUCAAAUUUAGAAUGCUAACCAAUGUGACCAUAUGACAUCGUAUGCAACAGUAUCAUGGAGCAAGCGUAAUAUAUUUUAUGUUAUAAUGAAGCUAUACGCUAUCAUUUAUCUGACACUUUGUGGGCUAUAAAGUUGUUACAUUGUUGGAUAUGUUCCAUUUAUAAAAUAUGCGACCUGGUCGAGAAUUAAUUUACGUGUUAUUGUUUUAUAGUUCUAUAGUACUUUCAAGGCCACAUUGUACUGCAUUUGCCAAGGAAACACAAGUCAGAGAAUGUCUCCGAAGAACCCAUUGUGCUGGUAAUCUCUUACAAUCGCUCUCGUAACCACACCUUUUUUUCUACCACACUUUUUUUUACCUUAAUGCAUUUGCCCAUGCCCAAAAACGUAAAUACAUUUUAAAAUGUCAUCCAACAGUGGAUUAACAUAGGGAGUAAUACAUUGCCAUUCUUAAUAAUGUAAAUAUAUAAGCUGCAAGCACUGUACAUGUUGUAUACACGGCUGUGUUGAGAUGCAAUCCACUGGAAAAGCUUCAUGAAUGGGAAGUGAACAUGAUGAAACUGAAGUGCUUAGUUUUUUUUAAUCUUCAACACGCAGUGAUCAAUCAUGUUUUAUUUUGAUUACACGUAUCCUUAGUUUUUAAGCAGUUUAUUAAUAUAGUUAAGCAUUGCAUUAGUUUGGUGCUUGAGCACGAACAAUAAUAAAUCACGUGUCAGAUGAAGAUAAAAACAGUCGUGAGUUUGUUUUUUGGUAGAUAAUAUGCACUCACACUGAAACAUGUAUGAUGCAGGCACCUCUACAAUGUAUAUAAUAUUAUCUUCAGUAUCUUGAUUUCAUAUAUCAUAAUGUGUAUAUUUUUAUUGAGGGUUGCACUUUUUUUGUCAAGGCAAGUCUCUCAUGGGGUCUCUUGACCUUUUCAAAGAGGGUCUUGCUAAGUUUUUGCAACGGGAGGCAAUGAUUGUUGUAUAUUACCAAUUGAGUAAUUUGCAGGGAAUGUUUGAAAUGUGGACCUUGACUCCGACACACAACGGCCGACUCUUGGGAAUGACGGUACGGGAUCUUUUAAUGUCCGCUGAAGAAGACUGCGCGCAUCUGUUGUAAGAACCGCGGGUUCUAAUGGUGAACCUCUUACAAGUGGCAAACACGCUACUGAUACGCCAUGUCACCUCCCCAUUUAUUGAAUGUUUAUUCUUUUUUAUAUUAAGGAAAUGCGCGGGCCCGUUACAUCGCGUUGCGACGCACGUGUACACAAAAUAACAUAAACCGAACCGGUUAUACAAAGCAAGGGGAUCGAGAGAGAUGGAGAUUAAGCCCGCUGGCCCAAACUAGAUGGGUCCCCGCCGAAAGGGGAUAAGGGUAGUUAUUUUAAGUAAGGGAGAGGGGGGAGGGAUAUAACCGAAACCCGCCUGAAAUAAAAAAACACACAUAAGAGGCGACCUGGGCAAGCAUGUUUUCCUUCCACCCCUUGAAUAUUUAUUCUUAAAUGUAUUGUGCAGUUUUCAAACUUUAUUUUCUAUUUUGUUUCCAUUAUAAUCUGCAGUUUUCUAUAACCAUUUAAAACCAGGUCUCUUUUGGAAAAUGUGACCGCUUAUUGGGAACUUUGUAAAGGUUAUCUACCAUUUUGAAGUACAGUACUCUAGUGUAGUUUUAGUGAGGCAUACUUAUUCAACGCCUAAUUAUGUGUAUCCACAACUAUACUUGAAAAAUAAUCCACAUGCACACACAUGCAGGUGCAGACACACCCAGCCAAAUUCGCCCACAAUUGCUGGUUUGACUGAACUUCACAUUAUUAUCUCAUAUGCAGUUGUAUACACUGGUGUCUAAUAGAGUUCACAACCUGCAGGGACACGAAGAUAAUGAAACAGCUUUUUUUCUCAAAAAUUACUAUAAAUGGACACGGGGGAGCGCAUACGAAAAAAAGUACAAAUUUAAUUUCACUUGAUUUUAACAAACCACAGAUUGUCAGAGAUUGUCUCAUCCCUGCCAAAGACGCAAGGACACUACCAAGAUUUAGUAAUUGCUAUCUCCCACCGAUGUCCGUUCUGGCAGCAUUGUUAUCUACUAAUUGAUAUCAGUAAAUGUUUGGAUUGGCCAUUGCUUACUCUAACACGCAGGCAUCCACUGAAUCAACACUUCGCAGCCAUAUACUGUCCCAAGUGGCCCAAAUCUAAUUAUGUAAUAAGUUCGUACAACAAACCUGGGGAAUUGUGUUCGUACUGCCAUUGUAGGUAGUUUAGAGGCACCUGUAGUUGUAACAUGUUGAACUAUUGCCCCUAAACAUUGUUAAACUAACACGCAUUGCUUGCAACCUUAUAGGGUCCCCUUCCUCCUCUCCUCCAGUAAUUGUUUAGUGUUUACAUUUUUCCUUGCCUGGAAUGUAAUUCAAGUGGCCUAGUUCAGGUGUAGUUUGUCAAGUGUUUAUAUGCUGAUGGGUUUGUGCACAUAUUGUAUUAUUCUUGUUUGAGGCUUUGGAACGUUCACAACUGAUGUGUGAAUGUGCGGGAGCCCGGGUGACGUGCUUCCAAUCAUGGGGGAUGCCCAUGUGGUCCUGGGUCGCAGAGUUGCAGGAGUCGGUAAUGUCAACCACAGCUGUUUGAAGGUAUGAGUAACCUGAGGAGGUGCAGUUGGUUUCCCAUCAUCGGGCUGGCCUCUCUUCUUUGGGUUUCUGGUAUUUUGUAGAUUUUCACAUUUCGUGGCCUUGUAGCAUUCCCACUUUUUUGUGUCGUGUGCUGGCAUGAGAUAUCAAUGGGUGUACAGUGGCGUCUGUUGGCAUAACACUAUUUUAAGGUGAUAGACGAACACAUUGUCGGCAAAAGCACAGCAUUUAACAUCAACAAUUAUUUAGAAGCAGAUUCCAAGCCAUAUAGAAGGAAACAUGAUAUGAUUGUGACCACUUUUAAGUAUAAAAUGACGAGUGUUAUAAUAGUACACUGAAAGCGUGGAAGAAAGUAAUACAGCAAAUGGAGAACAAGCUUUCCGAAACCAGUCAAUGCCUGUUGUAGAAGAUAAGAGAUCUGAAAAGGGAUGGACAUUCCUAAACAAAAUGCAAUACAUAGGUCUGUAAAACCUUUCCGGAACAAAUCGUCGAACAAUAUGCAAACUUUCGUGAAGAAAAAGCGCAUUUAUACUGUAAUUGGUAAAUCAUGAAUAAUAGCUUGUGGAGGGCAAGUUGGCAGCAUAAUGCAUGAUAGACAAAAUUCUAAAUCUAGCAGUGAUAUACUGUGUAGAUGUAUUUUGCCAAGUAAACAAAAUUUCAGAGGCGGCAGAGGAAAUUCCGGGUGUCACACUUUAAAGAAGUAACUCACUGUCUUUUGCAGUAUGAAAAUAGGGAAAGCUCAGACUAGGUUGAAUAACCAUGGACUUUAUUUAACAAGCACAUAUUUUUAAGGUAUUUCAUUUGUUUCUAAACAGAAAUAAAACGCAUGAAUUUUGUAUUGAUCAUUCUCUUUAAAAAGGAAGACAACUGAUUUGAAUAAUUUCAGACCCAUUAGCCUAUCUAUCACUCAUACAUCACAUGUUCACAAACAUCAUAAGAAAUUGAAUGAUUGACGAUUUACAGGCUAGUCAUCCAGGUGGACAAGCUUGAAUUAUGAAAUGUGUUUGUACCAUGAACCAUAUAUACAUACUCUCAAUUAUUAACAGUAUAUGGUUUCCAAAAAAAGUGAUUGGAUAUAUAAAGGCAUGAAACAUAAAUGAAGAUAAUAUUAUCCACCUCGGAUUUGCUGAUAAGAUAGUUAUUCUAACAACAAAAGGAAAUGAUUAACCCAACAUGGUUGAAUACUGAAUAAAGAAUGCUUCAUAGCUGGGCUCAAGAUAAAAAAAACAAGUAAUACAAAAGUGAACAAUAAGUUAAUUAAACAAAAGAAGAUACUGUAAUUGUUGGGAGCAUGACAGGAUGGAAUUGACAUGAAGACACCUUUGCCAAACGGUAGAUUAAGAAGAGCUGCAUGCUGAUAAUUCUAACUUUGGUCAGGUUGUCAAUGUUCGUCUUCGUAUUCGCCCCUAAUUAGACAUAAUUGGGCUUGUUGUCGCCAGACCCACUCGUCCUUGAACUCUGCUACUUGCUCCAAUGUUGUGUGGCCUUUGAGCGCGGCGUGAUGUGAGCCACACCCUUCAAUACUGACGUCAGGUGUGGCUUGUGCUCGGAGCACUGCUGGCUUUUGUGUGCUCACCACAUGAGAGGAAGCGCCCCACAGUGUAUGUGCGUGCGUGUGCGCGCUUAACUCUUCUACAGCUUCACUGCCAGUAGGGUUUUUAUUAUUAUUAUCCUACAAUAUAUUUUGUUUAAAGCAUAAUGUCCUCGGCAGAUAUAAAUGGAGAAAACAGCCGGAAGAUGAAGCCCCGUGCACCGGUACCACCGCUGAUGCGGUCCCAGUCCGAGACUGGGCCCCCAAACUUAGACCCACCAGACCAUGGUGGUGGGGGUGAUGGUCUCUCAGUGGAGAAUGUGGAGCUCAACGUUAUUCUGCCGGGUGGGGAGCACCACAUGGCUCGAGUCGACGGCAGCAAGCCGGUGAUGGACCUCCUGAUUGUACUUUGCGGUCGCUACCGGUUGAGCCCUGCCGGCCACACCCUGGAGCUGCUUUCGAGGGAUAAUGCAUCGCCUCUACAGUACAAGCCCAACACACCCCUGGGGGCCCUUUGUGCUGGGACGGCCCUCCUCAAACCUCGGCCCGCCAGUGAUGACCGACUCAAGAAGCCGAUGCAGCCUGUUGUCCCGGAGCAAACGGUGCGGCUGAUGGUGAACUACUUGCGAACGCAGAAGACCAUGGUUCGGGUGAGCCCACGUGUGGCCCUGCAAGUACUGCUGCCCGAAAUCUGCAACAAGUGCGAGUUUAACGUGCCCCACACCACGCUGUUCCGGGACGCCAGCGAGACGGAGCUGCUCGAUAUGUCGUGCUCGCUGUCUGAGCUCGGUAUCAAGGAGGUGUACGCCGUCGACAGAAGCAAAGUUUUCAGACAUCAUCGCACGGGUUCUUCGGUAUCUUUUGGGUUUCAAGAGCUGAGCCAUGGCCUUAACGACAACGCAGACCUUCCUGAGAAGGAAAACAAAGGGCUUUUGAGCUUUUUGCGGCCAAAGAAAAAGAAGAGUGAUGAUGAUGUUUCCGAGUGUGGUUCCAACAGUUCAGUGCAUGGUGACAGUAGCAGAGACACUUCCAUGCCUGGAACACCAUUAAUGGGGCAGCAGCACCAUCAGCGACCCAUGAGCAUGCCGUGCGUGCCCUCCCCUAUGCUGGGCGCACUGCCCAGUGGCGGUGGUGGUGGCGGCAAGGGGCCUGGCGGCGUGUCGGUGUGCCCCGAAGGACCGAGGAAGCGGAGGGCCCCGGCACCCCCUGUCUCACCCACCAACCCCCUGGCCACCACACCCCCCAUCCCUGAGGACGGAGAGCCUAACAAAGACAAAGAAAACCUUCCGUCCAUCUCUCCUGGCAGCCAGGAUAGCGGUUUCGAGCAGGUGUGUCGGGAUCACUUGCAGAGCUCUCCAGACCAGCCGCGCCUCGCACAGGAGGCCAGAAGAAGCCGGUCUCCCCCUGCUGCACCAUUGGCCUCAUCUUCGACUGAGGCCGCUGGAGCUACGUCGCCACUCGCCAUGCUGCAGCAUCGCACCAAGCGCCGUGCACCUCCCCCUCCCCCAUCCACAACCGCCCAGGGUACGCAGGCCGCCGCCGAGUCGCCGCCGCCGUCGCCACCUCCGAGAUCUGCCCCAGAACAGGCCUCGGCAGCGUUGUUGUUGUUGCAGCCUGGAUCCCCUCCUCCUGUGCAGCCAAGCGUGGAGAACCAGCAUCGAAGGCGGAGCAGCUCCACAGCCUCCACUCAAAGUUCUGGGAGCUUACCGUUAAAGGAUGAAAAUAAAGAAGGAGUAAGUGAACGGCCUACACCUGUAAAACCCCCACGCGGGUCCCAGGCGUCCCCACCUCUCGUGGUUCCCACCUCGCCGCCACCCGGCAUCGCACGGGAUCCUCCACAGUUCCAGGCACCCCCUCCUCCACCAUACCCUCCUCCUCCUCCUGAGCCGACCACUCCGCCCCCUGAACCUCCUCAUGCCGUCCCAUCAGUUAUUACUGCUGUAAAAAAAACUUUGAACGAGGGUGGUGGAAUGGGCAGUGAUUCCAAUGUCACAAAGCAACAGUGCAUGCCUGAAGCGGCACCUCGUAGGCUUGAACAAGGAACCACCGCCAAGUCUGAGACACAGAAGACUUUCUGUGGCGCAUCUCAACAAGCUCAGGCCUUAGCUGAUAACAUGGUGCAAGAAUGCUCAUCAGACCUGGUACAGGCUGACAAUGAUGCUGCAGCAACUGCUGAAUUCGAUGAGUUAAUUGCUGAACUUGAAAUGGGGCUGACGGAUGAUGACUUGAAGUCUAAGAGUAGUCCCCCCAAUGUGGAGACUGUAAAAAAUAUUAAAGCAGAGGCUGACGUUAAUUUUAUUGUAGAGCCGGUUAAAAAGCCAGAGCCAGCCCUUCCAGAUUCAACAGUGAUAAAAGCCACUGCAGACAGCACCUCCAAUAGUACUGAUAAAGUAGAUAUAAACAAUGAGACAAAGUAUCAUGUUUUAUCGGCAAAUGCCAAUGUGGCAACAGAUGUCAAAAGAGGACCUUCAAAAAAAGCUUUGCAGUUUCUCAAAGCUUAUAAUGAUAUGCAAAAAAGGGAAGCAGCUGAUAGAAACAAGGCUGGAAAUGUGCAACAGGUUUCUGAUAAGCCACCUGUUACUCAGAAAAAGGAUGGUAAUGAAGUAAAAGUCGACUUUCUUGCCAAGGUUCAGAAAUCUGCCUUGGCCCAGCAACGUGACAAUAAAUCCAAACCUACCCUUUGUGGGUCUUUUUCUGGGGCCACUGCAAAAGCAUCUGGUUAUGUAGUGGGUGAACAAGACCCCAGACAUAAAAGGUUAUCUAUGGCUUUCCCUGACAUAUCCACCAAACCAAAUAGUGAGUUAAGCAGGGCAGAAAGGCAUGGAGGAAGCCUAAAGUGUCUAGAUAAAAUGCCUGUUAAAAACGAAACCUUUCUAAAUGCGCAUGUGGAGAAAAUCCCUGUAGUACAUGCCAAAUCUGUGGACAAGCAAGUAAAUAGUAUACCUGUGGAACGACAGAAUGCAUCAUCCGAACAGUAUAAAAAACAACUGGUAACACAAAAACACAAGACAUACGUGGAAGAGUCUGUAAUGAUCCAGCCAGUAGAAAUCCAUAAAGAAAUUGCAGGAGCUAUAGAAGAAAUAGUUGAACCAAACAAAGUUUGCAAGGUUAUUGUCGAAGAAAGGCCAACUAAACCAUCAGAAAAAUUAUAUCUUUCAGAAAGCAUUACAAGUGAAAAAGUAUAUAAAACUUCACAGCCAGUAAUGGACCAGUCAAAUGAGCCUGAGGCUUCGAUGCAAAACAGCAUUUUUUACAAGACACCAUCAAUUUCAAAAGAGACAUGUGCACCUGAAGUUGAAUAUCAAUAUAAUUCUGCUGAACCAUCUUCUCCAGUUCUUCCUAUCUAUAAGCAACCUUCAGAUCGGUGGAGGUCCACAAAUGAAAUCACCAGAGAUUAUCUUCCUAAAGUGGGAUUGACCACUUACAGAAUUGUUCCUUCCAAGCCAGUCAUAAGACCAAAACCUGAAACAGCUGAUGUCCCAUUCCUUCUACCACCUUAUGAAACAGAACCCAUCAAGACUGAGAAUGCUACUGCAACCGAUACUACAAAAGAAAUCAAAGAAAAGUUUAAAUAUGACUCAACAGCGAAGAUCAGUGACAUUACAGCCAAUCCACAACAGCAUACAGCACAUCAGUCACCAGUGAUUUCUCCACCAUUAAUUCCCCCACCAUUGAUUCCUCCACCAUUGAUUCCUCCUUUAUCAGGGCUCUCAAAUGUGGCUCGCCCAUUCCAGAGGUCCCAUUCCCUCCAGUGUACUACAGAGACAAUAUCUCAGCAACACUCUGCUGCUGUUAAAGCCACCGAGCCACUUGCCAGCAUUGCCACAUCUCCACCAUCUAGCUCAAAGCAAGAUGCAUUUUUCCGUCCCGGCAGGAGAACCUCCAGCCUCUAUGUGGCAUCUGCCAUUGCCAAGAAAACAGCCUACAAGUCCAUUGAUGCUCCAAAUGAACCUUACAGUGGCACAACCACAAUAAAGACAACACCUGUGGAUGCUUUGCCACCACUUCAGGUAAAUUGUGAACAGGAUGAGCUCAUAAUUCCACCACCACCACAGUUUUCUACAGAAGAAAAUGCCAACAUUCCAAAUGCUCCAGGUGACCCAGGGAAGGUGAUUAUAAUUGAGGCACCACGAGUUCAUCAAUGGAAGCCAAAACUAUUUAGACCAGUCAGUUUCCCAAGCGUCAUGUUCAAAGAUGACAAACCAUCUAGCAUGAGUGUAGCGUCGAGUCAUUUAGAGUCUAAGAACACCGUUUUUCCUGUCAAGUCACAACCUCCGGUGAUUUCUCAACCAAGUAGUGGAAACCAUUUUAAUGUAAAAUCAGCAUCUAACUCAUCUCAAAUUCAGUCUGUUCUCAGUUCUCCAAAAUCCACAGAUGCAAGUCCUUUCUAUCAGCCUCCCACAGUUUUAAAUACCACUGGAACUGCACUGGAAAGUCCCAGUCUUAUUUAUGAGCAGAGAAAACCAUCAGGUGAAGAUACUGGUCUGUUUGGACCGAUGCUGAAGUUAAAACCUGUGGUGCAAAAACCAAUUCUGAAGGAUAACAAUCCACAUAAUUCCCUAAUGGAAGCGCUUCAGUCUACAGACAACAUGGGCAGAUUGAGAAAGGUUUCAGGUGAAAAUCUGCAGAAAAUACCAGCAGCUGUUGAAAGUGAGACGGAAAGAGAUGUUCUCAUGGCCGCUAUUCGAUCAGGCGCAGGAGGGAAACGACUGAGAAAAACCUCAUCUGCAGCAGCAGAAGAACUGGUGUCUCAGCAGUUGAGAGAAGCUGACUCGGGCGAUUCAGCCACAGUGCGGCCACGGCUUGCAUCUGUGCAUUCUCCUCCGGUUCCCAUAGCCCCACCUCCUCCUGUCAUCCUUAUGGGUAAUGGGGCCACAAGUACAGAGCGUAGUCCCGAGGAUGCACGUCUGGCCAUGCUUGAUGCCAUCCGAUCCGGCAGUUGUGCUGGCAUGCUUAAGAAGGUGCCAAAGUCUGUGAAGACCAUCGAAGUAAAUGGAAAGUCAGGAACCAUCAGGAGUUCAUCGUCAUAGGAAGGCGAUUGACACAUCCAACCUCCCAUUGAGCGCCUUACUGUAGACAUUAGGAGCACUUUGCCUUUAGACUGUGGAACAAAUACAACAUGAAAGCCUACUGGAGACCAUAUUGUUCAUGACCAAUGAAGUACCAUGUGUACUGAUGGUUGGUGCUUUACGUGUGUAUUUUCUUUGUGCAAAAUAAUUAUGCACACCAUUAAAUGUGUGCAAAAGAAUGUGUACACUUAUAUUUUGUAUUGACACCUUUUUAUUGCAUAUUAGACCUUUCUAAAACAGGUUUUUUUUUUCCCCCCCUGGCAGCUUGUGUUUUUGAUGGGGAAGUAAUGGGGACUCUUAAAAUGCCUCUUGAUGCACAUAAUACAUGUUAUGUACUAGAAUUUACAUGACAUUAUUUCUCAUAUACUUACGUGCAAGUUUGUACUUUGUCUAUCAAUAGCAUAUAGCUGGAAAAGGCAGUAAUUUUGCUUGGAGCAUUGUGUCAAAAGAUCGGUGGGAAACUGUAAACGUGGCUCCAUUAAAUGAGAUGUGUGCCUUUCCCCACGUUAUUAGAGCAAUUGAAAAUAAUUAAACAUGCUCGUGAUUAUCAUUGUAUAUUAUGAAUUAACAAAUAUUACUAAUUUGAUGCAGUUGAAAAAGCCGAUGAGGAAUUCCCGCAUGUGUACCAGCAUGCAAUGAGCGAUCUAUUCGGGGACAAAUUGCACUUCUUGCAUGGAAUAGAGCCACGUUGACAGUGAUGCAGGUACUCGAACCUAGCAGAUGGGACGGUUAAAGGCUGAAUGGCUUGUCAAUGGAUGUCAGUAUUAUUGUUGCCCUUAUUAUUCAUGCAAUGGUUUGCUUUGUUUCUGUAUUUCUUUAACGAGACCAGCGUCUCUUAUUUGUCAUUUAACCACUGCUGUUCUAAAAUGUACUUUGCACAGUAUUUUGUUUAACGUCUGACAUUCCAAUAAACGUGUGGCAUAUGUUAUACUGAAAUUGCCAUGAAAAAUAAGUAUAUUUACUCCGCAAUAUUAUUUCGAGAAUGGAAUAAAAUAACACUGACAUGCCACUGUUUAUAAGGCAAGCAAUGUAAUGUAAUAAUAGGCGUUCUUGAGCAGCAUACCUUGAUGGCCUUUGUGCUAACUACUGUUUUCUUGUGGCGGUGGCAGCAACAUGACUACAUUUAUAAAAAUAUGGAAGAUGUGUCCAUUACAUUAUACUAUACUUAUAUUUUCAAUAGAAAAAAUUGGGAGCACUUGUCUUUUUACAUUCUGGAGGUUUAAUGAUGUGUUUCGUGUUGAUGUACGAAUAAACACUUGGUGCAGCCUGUU